GAUUGAAGUGAAGUGUCCUUUUUUUAACCUACAUUAGAAAUUGUUUCUGCUGUUUUUCUUUACAGACCACCUACUGGAUUUUGCUGGAAAAGAGGAACUUUUGUCUGACCAGCAGCUCUGUAAACAGGAGAGGAAUUCCAAUUUGGACCAAGAGGAACCAGAACCUCUGCAGAUAAAAGAAGAGCAGCAAGAAGCAGAACAUCCCUGGAUAAAAGAGGAAACCAUGGAGCUCCCCAUUAGUGAGCAGCUUGUUCUGAAGCACGAGACUCGAGAUAAAGGAGAGAAACCUUUCCUGUGUUUAACACGUGGAAAAAACUUUUCAAACAAAGAACAUUUGAUAAAUCACAGGAGAACACACACGGGUUGGAAGGUUUAUAAAUGUCUUGCAUGUGGAAAGAGCUUCACUAUGAAAUCCGAACUUGAUAGACACAUCAGAAUUCAUACAGGUGAGAAGCCUGUCUCCUGUACAAUUUGUGGCAAACGUUUUACUGUAAAAAGUAGUUUGACUGUACACAUGAGAAUUCACACCGGUGAAAAACCUUUCUCCUGUACGAUUUGUGGUAAAAAAUUUAUUCAUAAAAGUAUUUUGACGAGACACAUCAGAACUCACAGAGGUGAGAAACAAUUCUCCUGUAUGAUUUGUGGCAAAAAUUGUGGUCGGAAAGGUAGUUUGACCAAACACAUGAUAAGUCACUCGGAGGAAAUACCUUUUUCUUGUAGGACCUGUGGGAAAAGCUUCAUUCAAAAAUCUGAUCUGAAUAGACACAUCAGAAUUCACACAGGUGAGAAGCCUUUCGAAUGUCGUUUCUGUGGAAAACACUUCACCCAGAAAUCUUAUCUUGAUAUACAUAUCCGGACUCACACAGCUGAGAGGCCGUUUUCCUGUGCAAGUUGUGGCAAAAGUUUUUCUCAAAAAGGUCAUUUGACUGACCACAUUAGAACUCAUACAGGUGAGAAGCCUUUCAAAUGUCUCUUCUGUGGAAAAAGCUUCACAAAGAAAUCUUAUCUUGAUAUACACAUCCGAAUUCACAAAGCUGAGAGGCCGUUUUCCUGUACAAGUUGUGGCAAAAGUUUUACUCAAAAAGGUCAUUUGUCUGACCACAUUAGAACUCAUACAGGUGAGAAGCCUUUCAAAUGUCUCUCCUGUGGAAAAAGCUUUACAAAAAAAUCUCAUCUUAAUAAACACAUCAGAAUUCACACCAGUGAGAAGCCCUUGAUUUUGCAAGAAUCUAGCCCCUCCCAUUUCUAAUUUCUUUGUAGGGUCUAACUAUGAAACCAAUCUGUUUUUGCAGAGUUUGAACCUACCGUGUAUUACCCUAUGCUAAGAGUUCUUCUAAAAUCCUCUGGGGCUGACAGAAUUUGCUGUGUUAAUUACCCCUUUCCCAAGGCCACACCCCUUUUCAAAUUUGAGUCAGGGACUUCUGCUUUCACUUCUCUCUUUGGUUGACAACAAUUUUCUGCGCUUGCAAUAGUUUUAUCAUUUAGGUCGUUGGUUUUUAGUGACUAGAAAAGUCACAAAGAUGUUUAAAAAACUUUGGCUACAGAAAACCUGCUAAGACUUCCAGGUUUACUUAAGAACCAUGCCCAUAUAUUAGGGAUGGAACGGUUUAUGAAAACCGUCCGAACCGUCCGGUUCGACUGUCUCGGUUCGGCUCGUGUGUGUUUCGUUCGGUUCAUG